UUGAUUGGCUGACGCCAUGUUUGUCUGGGAAAAUUUUGAAUAUUUAAAUCCAUGAAUUUCGUAGUCAUCACCAUUGUGUAUAGAAAAACACACGGGAGAUGAUGAUGAUGAUGAUGAUGAAUAGCGGUCAAGGUCUGACCUGGACUUGCAGGAGAGGCUGAGGAAAAGAUGGAAAUGAUUAAUAAUAAUAACAACAAAAGGAUAUUAUUAUUUUGAAUAUGGAUAAUUAUUAUUUGAAUUCUUCAUCGGGCUCAGCAAGAACCAAAAGUGCUAAAUGGGUUUGCCCGAAUGAUCGUCAAUUAGCUUUGAGAGCAAAAUUAAAAACUGGAUGGUCAGUUAAAAGUGCAUCAUUAGAUUCACGUAGUUUUGAUUAUUCACGUUAUUCAACAGCAUCAUGUCCCGGAAAUUUAUCAUCUACAAAAAACAAUCAACCACUUACCGAAGAAGAACGCGAAAGAAUAAUCGAGGUAAUAAAAAAAGCAGAUGCUUUGGAUUUAUCAGAACAAGAACGCGUUGGAAAACUUGUUGAUCGUUUAGAAAAUAUGAAAAAAAAUGUAACAGUUGUAACAUCAACAAGAGCAAGUGGUAGAAAUUGUGCAAGUCGUUGUAUUCGUGGCAACAAAUGUGUAUGUUGUUGUGCAUUAUGUGGUGAAAAAUUUUCAGUACUAGGUGCUGGUCCAGGAUUAUGUCGUGAUUGUCGUAAUUAUGUUUGUCAAAAAUGUGGUAUUGAAACAACAACAUCAACAUCAUCAACAAAUAUUAAUACAAAUACAUUAUCAACAUCACCAUCAGCAGCAACAAAUACUGGACAACAACAACCACAACAACAACAACAAACAACGACAAUAACAAUUGGAUCAACAACAAAUUUAACAGAUAAUGUUAAGCAACAACAACAACAACCAACAACACCACCAGCUAAAAUAUUUCUUUGUCGUAUUUGCACAGAGACACGAGAAAUGUGGAAAAAAAGUGGUGCUUGGUUCUUCAAAAGUCUACCAAAAUAUGUUUUACCCGAAAAAAAGCCAAGAGGUGGAUCAAGAGGAAGUCACUGGACUCUUGCUGGUGGAUCACGUUCAUUGGAACCAUCUGAACUUGAUUCAUCAUCAGAUGAAGAUUUAUCACGUCGUCCAACUAGAACAAGAUCAUUUUUAUUCUACAGCAAAUCUUUAGAUCCAUCAUCAUCAUCAUUAGAUCAAAAUAAACAAAAUAAUAAUGAUUCAGAUGUUGAUACAGAUAAAUCAUCAAGAAAAGGAUCAUUUUUAAAUUUAAAUGUUCCUGAUAAUAAUCAACAACAACAAAAUAUACUUUUAUCACCACAAAAUCAAUUAAUGGUACCAAAUACAUCAUCAGCAUUUUCAACAUCACCAACAUCACCAUCACCAUCAUCAUCUUUAUCACCAGUACCAAGAUCACGUUCAUCAAGUCGUUUACGUGAUCAAAAAGAAUCACAAUCAUCAUCAUCAUCGUCAUCACCUCCACCACCACCACCGCCAUCAACAUCAACAUCACAAUCAUCAAUAUUUUAUAUACCAUUUCCAUCAAUAAUUGGUGGUAGUUGUGAAUCUAUCAAUAACAAUAAUAACAAUAAUAAUAAUAAUGAUAAUAAUAAUAACAAUAAUAAUGGAAAAAUAAUUCUUAUGACAAGUAAUAAUAAUAGUAAUAAUAGUUAUAAUAACAAUAAUAAUAAAAUUAUUAGUGGUGAAAGAAAAAGCUCAAUACAAGAAAAAAAAGAAGAAAUAAAUAAUAUGAUAGAUAAUAAUAAUGGAACAAGAAAAUCAAGAAGACAAAGUAUCAACAGCAGCAGCAGCACCAGCAUCAGCAACAUCAACAACAACAACGAGAUGGAAAACAUGUAUUAUCAACGAGACCAAGAUCAAAGUCCACAACGUCAUUAUCAACAACGAAUGGAAAAUCCAUCAGGAAUGGAGAAGAACGAACAAAAGAAUUACGGAAAUCUAGAGAUAACACUACGAUACGAACCACUGUAUCAUUGUCUUCAGUGCAAAGUGGAACGUGCAAAGGGUCUACGUGCAACGGACAUACAGGGACACACGGAUUCAUAUUGCAAACUGAAUGUGUUACCAAUAGACGAGGAGGACAAGAAAACAAUACGAAAAUGUCAGAGAACAAAGACAGUAUACAAGACACGAGAUCCAGAAUACAACGAGCAGCUCAACUUUUACGAAAUCAUCGAGAACGACUUGAAGACAAACAAAGCAUUGCACGUAUUAAUAGUAUUGGACGAUGUGGGAGGCCGGGAUUGUCUAGGAGAAGUCAAAUUUCCCUUGCGAGAACUACAGCCUUGUCAAACGAAAUAUUACAACGUUAUACUGGAGGAACAUCAGGAUUUGAACAAUCAGGACAAGCUAAUAUGGGGAGAGGACAUGAGCAACGGUCGAGGAAAAAUUCAAUUGAGUCUGACAUACAACACACGUCGACGUGCACUAUUAGUAAACAUACAACGUGCAAAUAAUUUACUUCCAAUGGACAGCAAUGGAUUGUCUGAUCCAUUUGUCAAACUUUGUUUAACACGUGAUAUUAUAAAUACUAAAAAAUUAUCAUCAACAUCAUUAAUGCCAAAUUCAACAAGUCCAAAAAAAAAAUUAUCACCAAAAAAAAUACCAAAAAUGAGUGGUAUUACACAUACAAGCUCUGUCAAAUGGAAAACAUUAAAUCCCGAAUGGAAUGAAGAUUUUUAUUUCGAUACAAGAUUAACAGAAUUAACAGAGUAUGCAUUGGUCAUAACACUUUGGGAUAAAGAUUUUGGAAAAAGCAAUGAUUAUCUUGGUGGACUUGUGUUAAGCUGCAACAGCAAAGGAGCAAGAUUACAUCAGUGGAUUGAUGCUAUUAAAUUUCCUGAUCAUCGUCAUCAAGCAAGUCACGAGUUGACCGAGGAUAUCACACUCUACAAAACAAAUUGAUCAUCAUGAAUUAUACAUUAUAUUAUAUUUAAAAAAAAAACAAAAACAAACCUUCCUAAGAGUCAAAUAUUAAUGAAAAAAAAAAAACAUAAUCCUAAGUGUCUAAAAUCUAAAAGAGAAAUAACUUAAUGAGCCAAAGAUACUUUUAAUCUAAAAAAAUAAUUAUAAUCAAAGAAAAAAAAAAAAAAUCG